CUUUCCUUUUAGGUUUAGUCUGUGGCAGCGCAGCGCAGCGGCUUGUUCGGACUUCGGCUAGAUUUAUGAUCGUGUGAUUUGUGUAAUAUUGGAUGGAUAUGUUUCUUUAACUCUAAAUUAUAUUUAAUGGAAAUAAAAAUGCCAGACGAUACAUCUAUAAAUUAAUCAGGAUAACCAUGAUGAGUGAUAUUAUUUGUUACUAAAAUAUUGUGACACUUGCUUGUUUACGCGGCACACGAUUGCCUCCAAAAUGUCGGGAAAGUCAUAUACAAUGAAAGAGAUGAAGGCUAUAGUGGAGUACUUGACUGAACAUAGGGCAUAUGGUGAAAUCAAAGGGAGAAAGAUGUGGAUGGACUUGGCAAGUAGCAAUAUUACCACUAGGACUUGGCAGAGCUUAAAGGAAACAUUUCUUAAACGCAUACUCCCUGAUAUCCACAAUCCCUAUUAUAGGUUAUCUGUCACCCAAAUAUCUAGUUUCCAACAAGGACAAGACAUUGAAAAAAGACUAAACAACAGACUGGAAAUACGGUCCACUAGUCGAAAUUCUGAUAAUGAAGGUGUCAAAGAAAAAGAUACAAAAAAACCUGAAAAUGAGAAUGGCAUAAAUAAAGAUAUGGCAGGUGAGGAUUCUAAACAAUUACAUCUCAGGGCAUCCACCGAAACACUUGUGCUAGAAAACUGUUAUGAAACUGCUGAAGAAAUUAUAAAAGAUCUCCAGUCCCAAGGUGACAAUGAAGCAGAAGACAAAGAAAGUCAACCAACUAAAUCAUUGAGGGAACUUAUAACAUAUUCAGAUCCACUAACACCCAUGCUGCAGAGUGUUAUUGAUGAUUUUGCCACAGAUGAUGAAGAUAGUGAAUCUAGAAUGCAAAUUGUUGAACCAGAAGAUAUACCUGACAAAAAUAACGAAACAACAACAAAUAACGAAACUAUUGAGAUUUCUGAUUCAGAGGGUAAUGACUUACAAGGGGAGACAAAUCAUAAACAGACUGACAAACCUGACGCUGACCAGUCAUCACCUAACACUAAAGAUCAAAAAUCAGUGACAUCUAACAGUAAAGAAACCGAAGCAAAUAAUGAAAACUCCACAACUUUACCAACUGAAAUUAAUGGUACAAAUAACAGUAAAGAUAGUUCUGCUGUGAAUAUUGGUGAAGAUGGAACUAAAGAUAUAAAUAACCUUGAAGAUAACUCAGCAGUGAAGAUUGGUGAAGAAGACAACUCAAAAAGAUCUUCUGAAGUAACCCAAAACAAUUCUGCUGAUACUCUUUUACCUGGCAAUCAAGAAGCUUUUGAAGAAAAAAUAAAAGAUAAAUCAGAUGAAAAUAAUAAAUCUUUGAAUAGGAAAUUAUCUUUAAGGAAAGGCCGAAAAAGAGCUAAUUCUCAAGACCUAGAAACAAAGAAUAAAAAAAGACUCAUAUCCAAAGUGAAAUCUAUAUCUGAUACAGAAAAAUUCAAUUCAACUAUUGGGAAAGAUUUCAACAUAUCAAAGCUUAACAAAAGCGCUCCAGAAGACAAACAUGAAACACCUAUCAAUAUGGAUACUGAAAAAUGUGACAGUGUAGAAGAAUUAGUUGCUGAAAAUACACAAAACACUGUUACCCAAAAUCCAGUGCAAAUUCAAAACCCUUGUUUGAAUAACGUGAACUUGUACGCUGAACAAUUUUCAACUGAAAAAUAUAUAGAUUCUGACGAAAAUAGGAAGAAAGAAGACAAAACUGACAAAGACCAGAAAAUUAAAAAUAUUGACAAUGAAAUUAAAAACUCACAAGAUAUAAGCAAAAUUCAAAUUAACAAGGACAAUAAAACAAAGAAAAUAGUUAAUGAAAAAUCUGUGAACAAGAACACAGACAACGAUAAUAAUAUGAAUAAAAAUGAAAACAAUGAGAAUAUGACAAAAAUAACGGUUAAUAAUGAAAAAACUAAAGCUACAAUUCAUGAACACAAGAUAAAUAAGAAAAAUAGCAAGGAACAAGACAAGGAAAACUCAGCUGCCAUUCUAACUUCUGAUCAGGAGAAUGAAAAUGUUGUAACACUGAACCAUUCGGAUUCUGCUAGCGAGGGCAUUAAUGACGUAAAUACAGGUCGAGAUCGAUUUGCGAGGAUACAAAGAGAUAGAACGUUAGCUAAUAAGUUUGGAUUUGCAACUGGUGGAACUGCCAUUAGAAGACCCAGACGAAGCACCAACCGUCGCAGACGUAACACGUCGCAUUCACACUCACGUGCAUUCCACAUGAGCUCCGAGUCGAGUGACUGGACAUCCAAUACAAGCUCGGAGUAUGUUUCUUCGCCGCCACGAAAGAAAGGCCCCAAAGGACGGUACACUAGGAAGUACUUAAAGCCUGGCUCGGCUCGUAUAUUGUCACUGCAAGAGGAAGGCGGACUGUUUGUGAUGUGCGGCAAAAAGAUAUACCCCGUUGUGAAACAUGGCAAAAUUGUAAAAAACUACACUUCUUACAUGGCCGAAGAUGACGUAGAUCAUGAGGAGUCGUUCUGGAAACUGAAAUAUGUUGAGGAAAAGAAAAGGACUGCAGAAUUAACGAAGUUGUUAAAUGAGGCCAAAGAGAAUAGAAAAGGUCCAUGUGUCGAAGAACCCAGUAGAGUUCUACCAGUGUUGCCAGCAACAACAGAAAACAACGAUGACUGCAUUACAAUAUCAGACGACACAGUACAACAGGAGGUAGUGAAACUACCUUCGGUUGCAGUUCCAGCCGAAGUCGUGAGACCGGUUCCGGCGCCCAAUCCAACCGUUGAUGAGAAAACUGUUAAAAUCAAGUUUAUUAAAAUGAAUGAGGAGGUGCAAUUGGAAGGUCACUGGUCCCAGCUCAACCCGAUGCUGGCGCAAGUGGCUCAACUAUUCCAGAAGGAGCCGACUCCAAGCACCAUCACCUCGAAGACAGACCUCGCCGCUGAACCCAUGGUGCAGGAUGGGAAAUGCACUCCCAUAGAGGAAGUGGUAGAAAAAGUUAACCGACGAGAGAAGGAGAUUGCAGAAGAAAUCGAGAGAUUAGAUAAAGAAGAGAUUAGUGCGUCAGAGGGAGUACGGGAGAUACAAAAACAAAAUAAUUAUCGAAAACGAGUCACAGAGGUUAUUACCACAGAUAAUGAGAUAGUGGGAGUCAUGGAAAGGCAUCGCGAAGAGACACCAGCGUCUGUUAGCUCUGUUUCAACACAGAAUAUAACAAAACGCAAAGGUAGGCCGAGAAAGGUUUCACCAGCUCUUACUCCGAGUCCAGCGAAGAAGACUAAAGUCGAUGUUGUUACUGAAGAAAAUGGAACUGCAGAACAAACUACAGCUGAGGAAAAUGGUAGACCAGUUAGAGCACGUAGAACAAAGGCAACCAAGACUCUAAAUUCAGACACAGAUCAAUCGGACCGGACGUAUAUAGUAAACACGAGGAAAUCCACGCCAAGGCAAUACACACCAAGGAAAAGCACGCCGAGAAAAACGGACAUUGUAGUCGAUGAGGACGAAAACAUCCUUUACAAAUUCCCCCCUCACUCAGUUUCUACCAGAAAAUCUAAUACAAACAAACCAACAGUGAAUGCAAUGGAAAAUACGGAUAGAAGAAAAUCUAAAAGGGCAACAAAAAUUUUGUCAUUGGCUGAAAAUAUAACCAACUCUAUGGAAAAAACUCACAAUGAUAUUAAUAAUUCAAGAAUAUGUAUGAAAAAUGGAAAAGAAACAGGCAUAACUAUCCCAUCUGAAGGACACUGUAGCACACAUCUUCAACAUACACCAAACCUGAAUAUAACAGAGGAUCUCAGCGAAUCCAGUAACUCCUUUCAGAUUGAUCACAUAGAAUCAAUGACUUUUCAAAAUUCAUCGGUCGAAUCUGAGUCCUAUCGGAUGUUAAUGAAUAAAAAACCAUUGCACAUUAAAAAUACCUCUAAGUUGGAGAAAAUCAGAGAGGUUGAUCUUGCAGCAAACUUGGACACAAAUGAAGAUGUUUUUAACGAAAUCACCAAUAGUGGUAAUGCUGAUCUAAAUAAUAAAGAAAAUUUAGAUAUACUUCAAGUUGAUAUUGAUAAUGAGAAUUCAAGCAACGUGUCUUUGCCCACCUCACCUGUUUUGUCUAUUGUUGAAAACAUAUCGAUCAGUAAGAAUUUAUUGAGUAGUAUGGAUUUGGAAGAAUAUGCCAUAAGUGAUAAACCUGAGGACAUUGAUGGUGACGAACAGAUAAUGUUAAACGGACUAAUGACACCAAAUGCAGAUGUAUCCAUGGCUUUAAUGGAACAAGAGUGUGGUAUUGAAAAGGUUUGCGACGAUGGACAAGCGUAUCAUUACAACCUUAGUAAUUUCAAAGACCCUGCAAUCUCAGAUUCAUUAUUAAAAAAAAUAAACACUAUUAACAUAGAUGAUCCAACUGCAUCUGACUCUUUGAGUGUUAAGCUCAGAAAUUUGAUUUUAGAGAGCACAAAGAAAAAAUUAAGAAGAGUUAGUAUUGAUACAGAAAAUAUCAAAGGCAAAUCUGCACCUAAAGGCGCUAAAUCUAAAAAACGCAGCUCUACCCCACGUAAAAAGCAACGUAAACAAACAAUUACUGAGCCUCAAAUUGUGGUAGAACAUACAGAAACAUGCUCACAACGUGGUCGAGAAUCUUGCCCACCUAUUAUAAUAGUUUCUGAACAUAAAAACAAUGAAAUGAUAAACGCGCCUGUAACUGAAUCAUCGCAUCACCUCACAGCGAAACCUUCUCGAAGAAAUAAAAAGAAAGAUACUAUUAAAGUGAAAAUACUUAAACCGAAGACUAAGGCCAAAGCAAAUUCAUGUGAAGAGAUUCAUAAAGCUGACUUUACAGACAGUGGAAUAAAUGCUACCGUAUCUGAAAUUAAACUGAGUUCAGAUGACAGUGUCGAAUACAUACAUAAUCAUUCUGAUACAUGUCUAAACGCACACGAAUGUAUGGGAGACAGUGUUCAAAUAGUAGACAAUACUGCAAAUUCGAUUUUAUCGUUAGACACGAAUUCUGCGUAUUCUGAUAUAGCAUGCCAUGUCAGUAGAGGAAACCUGAUGCAUGAUUUAUGCAGUAACGAUAAUCAAGAUGGAUUGGAUGUAACAAAAGAAUUCAAUUUUGCAGAAAUAAGGCAGGCGGAUAGCGCGACAACGACUGCCUACCACACACCCAUCGGAUCACAGUCUCCUCCUAUUAGUAUUAUGACAGAUGACUUGUCUGUCGGUACACCUGAAGAACCAGUACGAAAUAGUAAUUGGUACCUUCUCUCAGAGCAGGAAUCGUCUAGUUCAAACUAUUUCAAUGUCAACGAUAAUUCUGAAUCCAGGUAUACCAAUUUUGCGCCAUUGGAUCAAAUAUUUCCAAUAACAUGCGCUGUGCCCAACCUGUCGACUAUCACGGAAAAUUCUAAAGAUAACGGAUAUGACGUAAAAAAGUAGUGAAAGUAAAAGUAAAGACAUUUUUUUUUCAAUUCAGUGACAUUUUCAAUUCUUCAAAUAUAUUUAUUUUGUUAAAUUUAUAUAAUGUUUUGAUUACUUAUAAGACAUUUUCAAUUCUCCAAAUAUAUUUAUUUUGUUAAGUUUAUAUAAUAUUUCGAUUACUUAUUCAUAAUGAUUGAUUAGUGCUGUGCAUUUUGUUAUAAGUAAAUGUCAAAUUAAACCAAUAUUAGAGAUGAUUAAAAUUUAUUAAAAGUA